CCUGCUGGGUAUCCCACAGGGGUCCCCGGGGCGGAGGACAGGAGCACCCAGCUGGAGUUGAAACCAGAGACAGUGACACCAUGGAGGCCUCUUGGGGAUGGCUUGUGGUCUGUGUGCUGGCCGUAUCCCUGUACUCUACGAUGACUCAGGACGUGUGCCAAGCACCAAACGGGAAGGACGGAGCUGCAGGAAAACCUGGCCGACCCGGGCGGCCAGGCCUCAAGGGGGAACGAGGGGAGCCGGGCACCCCCGGCAUCCGGACAGGCAUCCAAGGCCUUAAAGGAGACCAGGGGGAACCUGGGCAUCCUGGUAAGUCUGGCAACAUGGGCUACCCAGGGCCCAGUGGCCCUCCGGGAGGACAUGGCCUCCCAGGAUUGAAGGGCAUCAAAGGAAACCCAGGAAACAUGAAGGACCAGCCGUGGCCAGCCUUCUCAGCCGUCAGGCGGAACCCCCCGAUGGGUGGCAACGUGGUCAUCUUUGACACAGUCAUCACCAACCAGGAACGGCCAUACCAGAGCCACUCAGGCCAGUUCCUCUGCACAGUGCCUGGCUACUAUUACUUCACUUUCCAGGUGGUGUCCAAGUGGGACAUCUGCCUGUCCAUCGUAUCCUCCUCAAAGAUCCCUGCCCAGCGCUCCCUAGGUUUCUGUGACACCAACAAGAAGGGGAUCUUCCAGGUGGUAUCAGGGGGCACGGUGCUGCAGCUGCAACGUGGCGACCAGGUCUGGAUUGAAAAAGACCCCAGAUUAGGCCGCAUUUACCAGGGCACCGAGGCCGAUAGCGUCUUCAGCGGCUUCCUCAUCUUCCCGACAGACAUGGGGCCCCAUUCCCAGCACCCCCUUGGACUAAACCUGUUGCUGCUCCUGCUGGCACUUCCACUUGGAGGCCAGGGCCAGGCCAGCAAAGGCUGCUCCGGGAUCCCAGGGAUGCCAGGCCUGCCGGGGACCCCAGGAAAGGAUGGGUACGACGGACUGCCGGGGCCCAAGGGUGAGCCAGGAAUUCCAGCCAUUCCCGGAACACGAGGACCCAAGGGCCAGAAGGGAGAACCCGGCACACCUGGCCAUCCUGGGAAAAAUGGCCCCAUGGGACCAUCUGGGAUACCGGGGGUUCCUGGCCCUAUGGGCCCUCCCGGGGAGCCGGGCGAGGAAGGCAGAUACAAACAAAAGCAUCAGUCAGUGUUCACAGUCACCCGGCAGACUGCCGAGCACCCAGCACCCAACAGCCCGGUCAAGUUCAACACAGCCAUCACCAACCCGCACGGAGACUAUGACACAAGCACGGGCAAGUUCACCUGCAGAGUCCCCGGCCUCUACUACUUUGUCUACCACACAUCACAGACAGCCAACCUGUGCGUGCAGCUGUACCAUAACGGUGUCAGGGUGACCAUCUUCUGCGACCACAUGUCCAACAGCAAGCAGGUCAGCUCAGGUGGCGUGGGGCUGCAGCUGCAGGUGGGCGAGCAGGUGUGGCUGGCUGUCAACGACUACAACGGCAUGGUGGGCACUCAGGGUUCCGACAGUGUCUUCUCCGGCUUCCUGCUCUUUCCCGACUAGGGCGGGCAGGCCUGCUCCAGCCCCAUGGGCCGCCCCACCGCCCCCAGCUUCCCUGCACACCCACCAUGCUGGCCAGUCUCUGCAUGCUGGCUCAGGCCAUUCUCCCCACCUGAUGGACUCUUCCUCCAGGAAGCCCUCCCUGACCCCCACCCCAUGAGUUCUGUCCCUUCUCUGAGCCCCUUCACGAGUCACUGCUUGUACCGUUUUUUUGACACUUAACCAACACCUCUGGUGCUGUUCUCAGUUGUUUUUCAGGUCUUGGAAGAG